CAGGUCCACGCUGACGCUUCAAAUUUCGCCGAGGGCGUCACCAAGGAAGAGGCGUACAAACAGGUGCUGGAUCAAGCCGAGGGUCUGUUCUUCGAGCAGCGAAACUGGGUACGUAGACAUGUAUAUGUAUACAUAUGUAUACAACAGCCUCCCUUGCCUCCAAAAGCGUCCAUGGAUCCAUGGUCGUGGUGGUUCAUGGGACACCACACAGACUGUUGGAGUUGA